AUGAGCCAGACACGCUGUAUAUACUGAGCCAAUUAUCACCUUGAACUUGAAGCAUAAACAAAAUAUAUUUAUGGAGAAGAGGCUUAAAAAUGGUUGAAAAUUUUGAACUGCAUAUAAAAAGCUGUGAUAAUGAUGGCUUACUAUAACAGUUAGUCGCUGAGUGUGUAACAAGUGCAAGUAGAGAGAAAAAAAAAAAAUAAAACGAAAAUUUUAGAAAAAUUAAUUUUAACGAAAAGGACAUUUUUUGAAAUAAUUUAUUGAACUAUAUAUUUAGUGCUAAAAGUGAACGAAAUGCAUAAAAAUACUUUAUGGUUUAUAUUUGCAAUACUUUGCAUUUAUUUUUCAUUAGUUUUAUGUGAAGAAAAUACGACUACAUCUAUACAAGAAUUGGAAUCAAAGGAUUCUCACGAUUUAGUAAAGAGAAGUGAUAUUACUGAUCUGCUGGAGGAAGAGCAGGGCAGAACAAGAAGAAGACAUCGUCAUCAUUUGUAUGCACAUUGGGGUUUCUAUGGUUUGGCAAUUGCUUAUUUGAUUAAGAUCAAAGUGGUGGUGGUAGCUUUCUUUGUGGGCAGUGCUAUAUAUUUGGGUUUGCGUUAUUUGUGGCCUCAUAAGUGUGGUGUUGGUUCCAUUUACAAGGAGGGUUCUAUUGUCCUAGAUCAUCCACCGUAUAUUUCCAGAUCCUUUGCUCAUCAUGAUCAUAUACCCUAUUCUUUGGAUCAUGAUCAUGAUCACUAUCAUGAUCAUCAUCAUAUCGGUAGCAGCAGUUCGUUUAGCAGCAGUGGUCCCACCUCAUUUGAACCUUAUUCGGCUUACUCUAGUAAUGCAUUCUCAGCUGAAUCUGAUGGUCCUCCAGAAGGAUUUCCCUCGGAUGGUCCUUUAGAGGGUUUUCCCGCAGAUGGUCCUUUAGAAGGUUUUCCUUCGGAUGGUCCUACAUUUAGAAGCAAACGCAGUGUUGAGAAGAAGAGCGAUGUUAAGACGGAAGUAAAGGAAACUCUUAAGAGUCUGGCUAGACAAAUGGUUAUCAGUGAAGAACAAAUUGGGGAAUUCAUGUUUGGUUUCUUGGGUUUAGACACCAGUGCCUGUCGUCGUCGUUUCAUUUGUGAAAUGGAAUUUAAGUCCAGGGGAAAUCCCUUAACAUCCAUGGGUUUCCGUAUUAUAGGACGCAGUUUCUUUGCCAAAUAUACCAACGAUCAAAAUCCCAAUGGUAAAGCCAAUAACUUUGGAGAAUGUGCUGUCGUCAAUUCGGAAUGUGUGUUUAUAGAAAAUAAUGAGGAAUUUGAACCCGAACCAGAACCAGUUAAAGAACAAGAUCAUAACGAAGAAGAUCAUACUGAGACAGCUGAAGAACAAUUGGAAACGAAUAACAGUGAAAACGAAGUAACUACCGAAGACAAUUCUUUAGAAAGUAAUGAUAUUAUAGAAAAAGAAAAUGAAAAGAAUUUAAAAGCUGAAUUAAGAAGAAACUCCUAUAGAAGGCGUCUUAGAGGAGAUCGUUAUUUGAAAUUGUUGUAAUAACUUUACAACCCUAGAAGAAUAGAAAAUAAGUAGAGAACCAACCAAAUGUAUAAAAUUUUAAACAUUAUUUAUUUUAAUUAAAUUAUUUAUUUAUUAUUAGUUUUAAGCUUUAAAAUAAAACCUUGCCUAAUUUA